AUGCAGCUGUUCGCCGUCAUCGCCAUUGUAGGCGUUUUUGUAGGAGCGGCCAAUGGACAAAUAUCGGUUGGGUCUCUCCUCGUAGAGAACCAAGUAGCACCACUCGGCAUUGAUGUUUCUCCUCGUUUUUCGUGGACAAUUGCCUCAACUGCUCGUAGCGUCACACAAACUUCCUAUCGUAUCACAGUCUCUGCCUCAACAGCAGGUGGCUCUGACGUCUGGGAUUCUGGCGUUAUCAACUCUCCCAACCCGUAUCUUGCCCCGUAUUCUGGUCGUUCUCUUUCUUCCGACACUCAAUACUUUUGGACCGUGGCUGUUGUCUCCUCUGCUGGCUCUGCCUCGGCUCAGUCCACAUUCACCACCGGUUUCCUUUCCCAAAAUGAUUGGGGCUCGAGUGCUUGGAUCGGAAAGAACGCAACCAUCGUCCCGCAACCCCUUAUAAACGCUUUCACCAGCGCCAUCUGGAUAUGGACCCCCUCUUCCAGCCAAACUUCUCCCAAUGCCCCGGCGGGAGAUAUCGCCCUUCGUCUUACCUACUCCGUUCCAAGUGGCAAAACGGCCACCAGCGCCACUAUCCUCGCUACAGCCGAUGACCUCUUCACACUUUAUGCAAAUGGCGUUUUAGUUGGGAGUGCACCCAACGCGGUCGAUAUUUGGAAGCAGGCCCAAAUUUUUCGCAACGUGCCAUUAACUGGUACCUCGACAUCCCUCGUUUUCGCUCUACGAGCAACCAACAGAGCUGAUGUGAGUUCUGGUGGAGCUGGUCCCGCAGGCGUUCUUUUUGCGGCCCUCGUCUCUUUCUCAGACGGUUCUUCCACUAUUCUGACAUCCUCGACAUCAACUUCCACAACGACCGGCGCCUGGAAGGCCACCACUUCAAUCCCCGCUGACUUCCAAUUACCUUCGACUUCUGAUGCAUCAUGGGGCACUGUCCUCAAUCUCGGUACUUAUGGUGUCGGUCCUUGGUCGAAUGGCGUAAGCAUUGCUCUUCCAACUGUUCCCAUUCCAUCUCUCUCCGUUGCUUCUUGGAUAUGGAACAGCGCUGGUGCGGCAGGAAAUGCGCCCGCCGGUGAUGUCGCGUUCCGUCGGACAGUCUCUCUUCCAUCCAGCUCUACCAAGGUCGCUGUUUCUGCCCAAGUCGUGAUCACAGGCGACGAUGUCUUUACCCUCUGGGUCAAUGGUGUCCAAGUUGGAGCAGCAUCGAAUGAUGCUGAUGUUUGGCGCGUAGCUUCCACCAUCUCCAUCCCUCUUGGUGCAGGUACCAGCACUGCUCCGGUGACCGUCAAUGGUGGUCUUGCAGUUGUAUUUGCCGCUCAAGUGACAAACCGACCAGACGCCAGUUCUGGCGGCGCCAGUCCAGCAGGCUUCCUGUUCUCUGGAACCAUCGCCUAUUCAGAUGGCUCUACCGAUAGCAUCGUCAGCGAUGGCAGCUGGAAAACCCUAGGGAGCCUCCCUUCCAAUUGGCAAACUCCGACAUUCAAUGAUGUUUCGUGGGCGGCGGCAAAUGUUCUGGGCAAAUAUGGUAUUGGACCUUGGAACAGCGAUGUGAGCAUACCGGAUCCGUUGGGCGAACAUCCAGCACCUCUAUUGCGGAAACGAUUUGUUCUCAGCGGCACUAGCAUUGGCAAACAAGUUUCCCAGGCUCGCAUUUUCUAUGCUGCAGGUGGUUACGCUGCAAUUCAGCUCAAUGGCAAACCAAUCUCCGACCGCGUUAUGACUCCGGGCUUCACCAAAUACGACAAACGAAUGCAAUAUGUGGCGGUCGAUGUCAAAAAUCUUCUCAACGGUGGCAGUUCUGCAAACGCCCUUGGUGCCGAGCUCGGUCGUUCCCAUUAUGGUGUUACUCAAGGUAGUGUGUGGAACUGGGCUGGCGCGCCAUGGCAUGCGGAGCCCGUGUUGCGACUCGUGCUCAGUGUCGUAUAUACCGAUGGGUCACGAGAACGUGUUGUGAGCGACGGCAGCUGGAAGAAUAUUGAGGGACCGACCAGACUUGAUGACAUUUUCGGAGGGGAAAACUAUGAUGCACGUUAUGAAGUUGCCGGAUGGAACUUGGCGUCAUUCGACGACAGUGCCUGGAACACCGCCCUGUUGGCUCCCGCACCCAAGGGCGCUCUUAUCCAUGCAAGACAACCGCCGACAAGGGUCACAUCGAGUUUGACCCCAAUCAGCAUCACGCAACCAGUUCCUGGUCAAUAUGUUGCGGCCUACGAACGCGUGGUUUCUGGAUGGGUUAAGCUGACGGUUACUGGUGCCAGAGGCAGCUUGGUGACGAUACACUAUGGAGAGAAAAUCAACACAGAUGGCACGGUUAUCUAUCAAGAUACCCAGCAUUAUUACUCGAAUAACUUCCAGACUGAUCGUUAUUGGCUAUCAGGGACCGGCUCUCCGGAGGUCUUUGAACCCAAGUUUUCGUACAAGGGCUACCAAUACAUUCAGAUUAUCGGAUGGCCUUCCUCGACUGCCCCUAAACCUUCGGACAUCAUUGCACAAGUUGUUCACGACGAUGUUGGCACAGUCGGCGAUUUCAAAUGUUCAGUCGACUUGCUCAACAAGCUCCAUGUCGCGACUCUUUAUACCCUGCUCAACAACCUGCAUUCCAUUCCCACCGACACCCCCGUUUACGAGAAGAAUGGUUGGUCUGGAGAUGCCCAGCUUGCCACUGAAAUGUUUUUGAUGAAUUUUGACUCGCAAGACUUAUUGGCCAAGUAUGCACAGGAUCUGUCCGACUCCAUUCCUGCCGAUGGUAAUGGGCCACCUGCGGUUAUUGCUCCGGAUAGUGGUUGGGGUGCAAAUAAUCAAGCUGACCCAUGGCACGCCGCGUUCAUUCUCAUACCCGCGUGGAUAUACUCAUACCGCGGCGACACCCGGGUUCUGUCAGACAAUUACGCGGCCAUGAAGACUUACGUGAACUUUGAACUACGACGUUCGCCAAAUAACAUUGCGAAUACUGGCUUGGGCGAUUGGGUCACGCCAGAGACUUCACCAUUGGGCGGAAAUCCUCCAGAAGACUCAAGGGUUCCCGCGACUGCAUACUUGUAUCAUAUGUUCGAUAUCAUGGCAGGAGUUGCGACAACUCUAGGAAAUACCGCCGAUGCUGCCACGUUUGCUUCGCAGGCUGCUGCAGUUAAGACUGCAUUCAAUAACGCUUUCUGGGCAAAUGGCCAUUACGCUGGCGUUGGCGAUAGCGGCUAUCGUCAAUCUCAUAACCUCCUUGCCCUGGCCUUCAACUUGACAACAAGUCCCAGUAAUGCCCAAGCAGUUGCGGAUAGUGUUGCAGCCGAUGUCAACUCGCGAGGAGUCCACCUCAAUACUGGCGCUCUCAGCACGAAGUAUAUCCUGCCCAUGUUGACGAACAAUGGUCAUGCAGAUGUUGCUCUGGCUCUGGCGCAACAAACCACUUUCCCGAGCUGGGGCUUCUGGAUCCAAAACGGUGCAACGACUAUGUGGGAGCAUUGGGCCGUAACAGCGCGUUCGCAUGAUCAUUACUUCCUCGGCACCUUUGAAGAUUGGUUCUACAAGUCUGUGCUGGGUAUUCAGCUCACCAGCACGGCGUUCAAGACCGUCAGCAUCGCCCCCGUCUUCACAUCCACAGUCCCUUCGGCAAGCGGUUGGCUUUUGACUCCGUUUGGCAAUAUCACUGUCUCAUACCAAACGAAUGGGGCCACACUUUCUUUGGACGUGACGCUACCUGUCGGCGCUACUGCGACCGUCUCGUUUGGCUCAGCGAAGACGUUGACCGAGGGCGGGAAGGCCGUGGCACAAGCCCAGGGUAUCACUACAAUAUCCAGCUCACCUAUGAAGGUCCAGGUCGGCUCGGGCAAGUACUCAUUUGUCUCUCAGUAA